CGGGACUACAAAUCCCAGCGUGCCGUGCGGCGGGCAGCUCUCGCGAGACCGCCGCCGGGACUUUGUUUCCUCACGGCCCUCAGCGCGCCGGAAGUCGAGGCGGGAGAGCCGCUUCCGGGCGUGGCGUGUGGCGGAGCGGCGGCGGCUGAGGGGCGGCGGGGAUGGACGUGACCGGGCCCGAGACCGACUGGCGCAGCACCAACUUCCGCCAGAAGCUCGUCAGCCAGAUUGAUGAAGCUAUGAGGAAGGCUGGUGUUGCCCAUAAUAAGUCCAGCAAAGAGAUGGAGAGCCACGUGUUUAUGAAGGCUAAAACAAGGGAGGAGUAUCUUUCUCUUGUGGCCAGGCUUAUUAUCCAUUUUCGAGAUAUCCACAAUAAGAAAUCUCAAGCCUCAGUCAGUGAUCCCAUGAAUGCCUUGCAGAAUCUGACUGGGGGUCCCCCAGCAGGAGCACCUGGAAUGGGCAUGGCUUCCCGAGCUCAAGGAGCACCAAUGGCUGGGAUGGGUGGCCUUGGCCCAAUGGGACAACAGAUGAGUCUCCCAGGGCAGCAGCAGCCUCCUGGGACCUCGGGAAUGGCCCCUCAUGGUAUGCCUGGUGUCUCUACAGCUACUCAGCAGACCCAACUUCAGCUUCAGCAGAUAGCACAGCAGCAACAGCAGCAGCAGCAGCAAUUCCAGCAGCAACAGGUGGCUUUGCAGCAGCAGCAGUUCCAGGCCCAGCAGUCAGCCAUGCAACAACAAUUUCAGGUCCAGCAGCAGCAGGCAGCAGCAGCUGCAGCAGCCCAACAGCAGCAGCAGCAACAGCAGCAGUUACAAGCCGUCCAGCAGCAGCAGCAGCAUAUGUUGAAACUGCAGAUGCAGCAGCAGCAAAACCAACAGCAGCAGCAACAGCAACUACAGCGAAUUGCCCAAAUGCAGCAGCUGCAGGCAGCACAGGCUAUGCAGGCACAACAGCAGCAGCAGCAACAACAGCAACAAAUCCCGCAGCAGCAGCUACAGCAGCAGCCACCUCAACAAGUAAUGCAACAGCAGAUGCAACAGAUGCAGCAGCAGCAACAACAGCAGCAGCAGCAGCAACAGCAGCAGCAGCAGGUUGCUCAGGCACAACAGUCUCAGCUUCCACCACAAUCCCAGCCUCAACCCCAGCCCAUGGUAUCUCAGGCACAGGCAAUCUCGGGACAAAUUCCUGGUCAGGUUAUGCCUGUUACUCUCACACCACAGCAAUUAAAAGCAAUGCAGGUAAGAGCUCAGCUGGUCCAGCAGCAGCAGCAGCAGGCGGCAGCAGCAGUGCAAGCAGCUCAGGCUCAAGCUGCUCAGAUGGGAGCUUCAGGGCAGAUGAUCACCGCACCUAUGGCCCGAGGUGGGAUGCAAAUAAGACCACGGUUCCCGCCUACCACCGCAGUGUCUGCUACACCGCCAAGCUCCAUUCCUUUGGGCGGACAGCAAAUGCCACAGGUGAGCCAGAACAAUAUUACCAUGAUGUCAUCCCCAUCUCCUGUCCAACAAGCUCAGACACCCCAAUCAAUGCCUCCACCACCACAGCCACAGCCAUCUCCUCAACCAGGCCAACCAACUUCUCAGCCAAACUCAAAUGUGAGCUCUGGUCCAGCUCCAUCACCCAGCAGCUUUCUUCCCAGUCCAUCCCCACAACCAUCUCAGAGCCCAGCAGCUGCACGAACACCUCAGAACUUUAGCGUCCCAUCCCCAGGUCCUUUAAACACUCCAGGAAAUCCAAACUCUGUCAUGAGUCCAGCCAGUUCUAGCCAGUCAGAGGAGCAACAGUAUCUGGAGAAACUCAAACAGUUAUCAAAAUACAUUGAACCACUCCGUAGGAUGAUCAAUAAAAUAGAUAAAAACGAAGAUAGGAAGAAGGAUCUGAGUAAAAUGAAGAGUCUCUUGGAUAUCCUGACUGAUCCUUCAAAACGAUGCCCUCUGAAGACACUGCAGAAAUGUGAAAUUGCUCUGGAAAAGCUGAAGAAUGAUAUGGCUGUGCCUACUCCACCUCCUCCCCCAGUGCCCCCCACCAAACAGCAGUACUUGUGUCAGCCACUUUUGGAUGCUGUCUUGGCCAACAUCCGUUCACCAGUCUUCAACCAUUCCCUUUACCGUACAUUUAUGCCGGCUAUGACUGCAAUUCAUGGCCCACCAAUCACGGCCCCAGUUGUCUCCCCUCGAAAGCGGAAAUAUGAAGAGGAUGAAAGACAGACCAUACCAAAUGUCUUACAAGGGGAAGUUGCAAGGUUAAAUCCUAAAUUCCUGGUGAACCUGGACCCCUCGCAUUGCAGUAAUAAUGGAACAGUUCAUCUUAUAUGCAAGCUAGAUGACAAGAAUCUUCCAAACGUCCCGCCACUACAGCUCAGCGUUCCAGCAGACUAUCCUGAUCAGAGCCCUCUGUGGAUAAAAAACCCUAGACAGUAUGCAGCCAAUCCCUUCUUGCAGUCAGUGUAUCGGUACAUGACUUCAAAACUAUUGCAACUUCCAGACAAGCAUUCAGUCACAGCACUCUUAAACACCUGGGCACAAAGUAUUCGUCAAGCCUGCCUCUCUGCUGCAUAACAUCUCACUUCCUAAAUCGUGAAUCAAGAAAUAAGGUCUUGAAAGCUGGCCUUUUCCACGUGCCAUUGGAAAACCACAGGCAUUUUGGGGAGGUUACUUCAGAAGAAAGAAGCCUUAUGUUGUUUUGUUUCUAGGUGUCGGGUUCAGUAGGGAACCUGGUGUUAGAUUUAGCUUUCAUGCUUUUUAUCUUCUGCCUCUGUGGACUUUUGCCAGCAUUUUCAAAUAUACAAAAUGUGUAUAUAUGGUUCUUGAGACUGUAUUAGGAGAAGUUUUUAUUGUCUUCUUAGAGAAGAAAUUAUUUGUGGACUUCCAUCAGGGAGUCUGAUUGUUAAAAGAGGAAGCAGGGAGAGAAUGCUCUAAUUUGCUUCAGUUUGCAGAGUGCCAGUAUUUCUUUCACAUUGUAUGUUUUGUGACCUGAUGCCACCCCAGAAAUAAAUAAGCUGCAGCUAUAAUGUGCUUGCGAACUUCCCUGUUUUGGAAGGAAUCUUUUGCCUACUAGCUUUGCCCAGGAAUGGGAUAAAUUAUAGCCUUUUAAGGGCAUCCCUCAAAUAUGUGAGAUAAAUCUGGGUAAUUAUGUUGGGGAAGAGGGGAGACCAAAUAGAAGAGAAUAUAUUUAAUAGUUUUUUUUAAAUGAUACUUUGUAUAAAUGGUUUUUGGUUAGCAUGGACCACAUUUCUCUUGCUCCAAAAAUGAGGUGAUCAGAAAGAGGAGAUAUCAGUGUGCAGACUGACUUCCCCUGUAAGAAUAUGUGUGUGUAAAGGUGGUGGUGAAACAACAGUUUAAAGCUCUAGUACCAGAAAUCAAUCCAGCAGCCUUGUAGCUAUAUGUUGUCUUUUACUGAUGGAAUAGAAUCAAUCUCUAAGGCAUCUGGCUUACUUGGGGGAGUUGAUGCAGUUUAGUGGAAAUGCUUCCAUACUACAUGGUGUUGUUUUUAAUUAUUAUUUUUUUUUUUGAGAGUGAAGGAAGAAACAGGAACAGAAAUGACAACUAAUGUUUUGUGCCUUGAGCAAUGAUGGGCACUCAAGCUGGUCACCAGCUAGUAUAUAGUUGGGCACUUCUAAUGAGAACACUUGCCAUGAGUAACUAUAAAUUCAUGCAUAGUGUGAUUGUUUUUUUUCCCAUUCUUGUAAUUUGUUCACUCAACUUCCUAGUGCAGAAAAAUUUCAGAUUUUCCCAUUACAUCCUGCUCCACCUCUCUGUACUGUGCAGCAAACCUUAAAGAGUAGCUGGACUCUCUUACGGUAGUGUCAUGAAAUUGCAAUGACCUAUGUAAAUCUGUGUGAUGUCAAAACUUCUAGGAUUUUUUAAAUGUGGGUACUUAGUAAGCACUGACUGAGGCAGCAGAAUGCUAUCAGUAUUUUGUAUAUGAACUAAUGCAUUAUCUGUUUGUUUCUAUUGUAAUAAAUUUAUUAUUAUUCCUGUGUUGGAUGCUAACAUUA